AUGAACGACCCUAACGACGCUUCGACCGGUCGAGCGGGCGGCGAGCGCGCUCCAAAGCGCAAGCGGCUCUCGCAUGCGUGCAAGGCAUGCCGCGCUCGCAAGGUGCGCUGCGACGAGCGCCUCCCCGCGUGCACCAACUGCGCCAAGCUGCGCAUCCAAUGCAUCACCGACGAUCCACGCAGACCGCACAUCCGCUCCGUCACACGCUCCAGAGCAUCCGGCUCGCGGACAUCGUCCACAUUGCACGCAGACCACCAGCCACAGGCGCAUCAGCCCGACUCGACAGCAGUCACCCAGUCGAAGCAGAACGAUGCCCCAGCAGCAGUCCCGCACGAGGACGAGCAGCAUGGCUCCCGCGCUUCAUCCCCUUGGGCCGACCCAACCUGGAUGAGGAACGCACUCGGAAGCACCUCGGCCAGCAUCAUCUCGGACUCCCACGCCCAGGACCGCUUCAAGUACGUCGGAUCCUCCAACCUCCAGGUGUUUUCCAACUGGAUCGACCUUCUCCUCGCUCGUCAGCGCAACACCACCUCCACCCACGCGCGCAAGCCCCUCCCCUCGGCCUCCAUAUCGGAUCACUUUGAUCACGGCCGCAUCCACUCAGAGGAGUUUCACUUUGCCCUGCGCCCCGCCCUGCCCGGCCUUACGCCGCUCCGCCACAUCGACGCCAUCCUCGAAGCCUUUUUCGACAACGCCAACAGCGUCUUUCCCAUCUUUGACGAGGCGCUUCUCCGCCACCAACUCGCCCGCCUCAUCCAACACUUGCGCCUCGAUGACCCGUCCGCCAUGCAGCUCGACAGUCUCAGCCCUUACGAAGUGCCCAUGCUCGCCACUCUGUACGUCGUCACCGCGUUUGGCCUUCUCGAUGUUGUGCCUCGACAGCAGCCAGAGGUCAAGAAAUAUCUCGACGCCGCCUACAGCCUGUACGGACACAUGAUCGGCGUUCCUUACCUCGCCUCGGUCCAGGCACUCUUGGUCCUCCAUCUCGCCCUGCGCGCCAUGAGCAAGGAUGGCGCCGCAUGGCAGACCCUCGGCUCCGCCAUCCGCGUCGCCUACUCUAUCGGUCUGCACCGCGGACCCGUCUCGCCGCCGCUCCACUCGCCAGCGCUCGAAUCGACAAAGGCCCGCGUGUGGUGGUGCUGCUACGUCCUCGACCGCGUCGCCACGCUCGACUCUGGUCGGCCCACGAUGAUCAACGACCUCGACGUCCAGCUCAGCGCACUGCGCAUCCCACGCCAGCCCGCCUCGGACCUCGUCGCCGCCUCGUCGGCCGACGAUCCCGCGUCCAUGACGAGCCUGCCAGACGACCUCUUUAACGAACGCUACCUCGCCUCGCUCGUCGCUCUAUGCCGCCUCAAGGCAGACAUCCACAGCAAGCUGUACACCAGUCGCAAUCACUCGCUCGCCGAAGCUGAUCUCUUUGCCACCAUCGCAAAGAUGGAUGCAAAACUCAUGGACUGGUCCUCGUCGUGUCUUGUGCAUCUCCGACUGCCGACCAUGGCUAGCGAGGAAGCUCUGCGCGCCGUGUCCAAGAGCCGCGACCUGCGCGUGCUGCAUCUGCUCUGCACCUACCACUUUACGCUCAUCAACGUGCACCGCGCCUCGGUGAUGCUCGACACGCGUCUGUACCAGCAUCACGUUGCGCAGACGCUCACCAAGCGCAGCGACCGCCUCUUGUCUGCCGAGACCAUCUGUCGAGGCUCGGCACGCACCAUCAUCCGCUGCAUCAAUCAGUUUCGCCUCCUGCAUCACUCCACAGCACGCAUGAUCGCAGGCACCAUCCCGCUCUCGGCCGUCUACGUGCUAGCCAUCUGCAUCUUCAAGCAUCCCAAGCAGUGGAGCGUGGCUUCCGACCUCGCGCUCAUCGAGAGCAUCGCAAAGACCGUAGCGCAGGACUUUGAGAACGACGGCAUGCCCGCAGGAUUCACCAGCAUCUUUGCCACCCUGCAGCAACUCGCGACGCAGUGCGUCCGACACGUCUCCAGCCGACCCUCUUCGCCGCCACUCGCCGAUCUGGACACGCUGCAGGCCCAGGUAAGCCUCGAGCCGUUUUGGAAGUCGUUGGGUUUCGGCCAGGUCGUCUCCUCGGUUGGCGAUGAAACGCAGUCCAGCCAACCAGCCGCCACCAACUUUGUCUCGCCCGCCGAUUCCACGGCCAACGCUGCAAGGCCCGCCUACGCGACCGAGGAUAGCGACGAGGUGCCAAGCUUCCAGAGCUUGCUCGAACUCGAUCAUCCCGACCAGCUGCUCUACUCGCUGCUUGGCCUGCCAGAGAUUUUCACCCCCGGCGCAGAAGCUUCUGUCGAGACCGGCCUGCUCGGUCUAGACGAGCCGGAAACAUGA